AUGCAUGAGCAACUUGCCCGUAUCCUUGCGACCGGCGAGGCGGCGGAUGUGACUUUCGAGGUCCGCGGCAGCACGUAUGCUGCUCAUUGGUGCCUGCUCGCUGCUCGGUCUUCCGUGUUCAUGGCGCAGUCUCUUUUGUUCAAGGAGUCUGACACCACAUGUAUACGGAUCCAUGACAUGGAACCAAGGGUCUUCAAGGCCAUGCUUCACUUUAUCUACACCGAUUCGUUGCCCGAGAUAGACGAUGGCGAAUCCAUGGAGAUGGCUCAACUUUUGUUUGUCGCGGCAGAUAGGUAUAACCUCAAGAAACUCAAGUUGAUUUGCCAGAACGCAUUGUGCAGCUGCAUCGACACAAGCAUGGUGAUGACUGUGUUGGCAUUUGCUGGCCAGCAUGGUUGUCUUGAGCUUAAGAAGGCAUGCUUCCAGUUCCUCACGUCGUUUCAAAACCUUAAGACAGCCAUAAGGAGUGAUGCCUUUGAGAACAUCAAGACCAGUCAGCCAAAUAUUCUAGAGGUGCUAGUCGCGAAUGUUGAUGUUCCACAGGACAUGCUUAGGUCUUCAGAGCAUGACCUUGCCGGUGGUGACACGCCGGCGCACACAUCAUCGUCCAUUGUCGCCGAAGGUGUGUCCGGGUCACACGUCCUCACAGUUCAGGGAUACUCCCAUACCCUUGGACUCGGUGUUUGCAGGCAGAUUCCAUCCGGCCUAUUCAGUGUUGGAGGGCAUACCUGGAAAAUCAUAUACUAUCCUGAUGGCAGGAGCACGGAUUGUGCCGAUUGGAUAUCUAUUUCGCUACGUCUUCAUCACAGUGAUGCUACGCAGGUCAAGGUCAGAUGCAGGUUUAGCCUGCUAGACCAGGUGGGUAAACCGGUGAUAAAAUACACGACAGCAUGUCAUACAUUCACAUGCUCUGCCCAAGGACACACCAUUGAGUUUCCAAGGUUUAUCAGAAGGGAUGAAUUGGACAGUUCGACAUAUGUUGAAGACAAUUGUUUCAACAUUAGAUGUGAUGUUAGCAUCGCCAAGGGAAUCCGCAGGCAGCCCACGAUACCACUCGGUAUGGCGCCGCCUUGUGGACUGGCUCAUCAGUUUGGCCGUAUCCUGGAGACCGGCCAGGGUGCCGACGUGAUUUUUGAGGUUAGUGGAGAGAUGUUCGCCGCGCACAGGCGCUUGCUGGUAGCUCGCUCGUCGGUGUUCAUGGCGCAGCUCUUCGGUCCAAUGAAGGAGAAUGAUGCAACAUGUAUACGGAUCAAUGGCAUGGAACCAAGAGUUUUCAGGAUGAUGCUCUACUUUAUCUACACUGAUUCGUUGCCCCAUAUAGAUGACAGCGGAAUCAAAGAGGUGGCUCAACAUUUGUUUGUUGCGGCAGAUAGGUACGAUUUACAGAGGCUAAAGUUGAUUUGCACAAAUAUGUUGUGCAACCACAUCGACACUAUUACGGUGGCAACUACAUUGGCAUUUGCUAAGCAACAUGGUUGUGAUGGGGUCAAGAAGGCAUGUUUCCAGUUCCUCGGGUCGUUUCAAAACUUGAAGGCAAUCAUGGGCAGUGAUGGCUUUGAGCAUCUGAAGACCAUUCACCCCCAUAUUUUAGAAGAGCUUCUUACUCAGGAUUGA